GGGGGGUGGGAUCCUCUGUCAUCAACAUCCUCAGCCAAUGGAGAAACCAGCGGAGGAGACACUUUAACCGACUCUCCGGAGCCGGAGCGGACCAGAGCUCUGCGCCCUGCUCCACACACACACCGAUCCUUCAUGGUUUCAUGGUUUUCCCGGCCGGUCGUGGACUCCUUCUCCUUCUUUAUUCUCAUCCCGAGGACUUGGGGAUGUUUUAAGCUGCAGCGGACGAGGCUGCUGUGUGGAUAUCCAGCGGGGAAAUGUUGCUUCACGGACCGCUGGCUGCUGCGUCUUGAGGGGGGAAUUUAAAGCUGAAAUCAUGAAGUGAAUGUUGCAGCGACAAUUUAUCCAAUGAUUGAGACCAGCACAGCGACGAUGUUGGACAGAACCGAACCGGCACACUGCACCGUGUGCUGCUGUACGCUGGCCAACAAAAUCCUCAUGGUGCUCUUCAUGGUGCUGCUGAUCUUCGCCAUCUUGUUUGGGAACUUGGUGACUCUGGCUGUGGUUCUGGGAACUAAACACUUCCACACGCCACAGGGGUACCUGAAGGCGUCCCUGGCCGUGGCCGAUUUGGCGGUGGGGAUAUUCGUGGUGCCGCUGUCCGUCUAUGCUGAGGUCUAUCUCAUGGUGACUGACUCUGCACCGGAGUGGACUUCAUACAACUCGCAGUCGGUGAGUUUCCACCCAUGCAACAUCAUCGGACCCAUCUUUGCUGGCUGCACCUUGGUCUCCAUUACGACCAUUUUCCUGUUGACGAUCGAGCGGAGCAUUGCCGUGUUGAGGCCUCUGCACAAGGACUCUGUGAUCACUCGCAAGAGGACCACGAUCCUCAUCGUCCUCUCCUGGGUGGGGAGCUUCUUCUUGGCCGUGUCUCCGAUGCUUUUCAGCAGCGAGAUUGCUCUGGAGUACAACUCCUGCAGCCGGAUGUGCAACUACGCAUUGGGGACGAUCGGCGAGUUCCCCAGCCAGGCCUGGAACAUCCUCCUCCUGUUCCCCGCGUUUGACUUCACCCUCCUCGGUGGCACUGUGGUGAUAAACAUCAUCUCUCUGUCCAGCAUCAGGCAGCACUCGAAGCGCCGGAAACACCUGGCCAUGAGCGAGUGCCAAAACACCACCAACCCUACAUUCUCUGACAUCAAGGCGGCUAAGACUAUCGGGACUUUAACGGUGGCGUUUACGGCGUCGUUCACCCCCAUUGCUGUCUUCGUCGUGGGCAAUGUUUUGGGGAAUAAGUGGUGCAACUUCUCCUUUUUCGCCUUCUGGAUUCUGGCCACCAACAGUUGCUGGAAUGUCAUUAUUUACAGCGUGAGGGAUCAGAAGUUCAGACUUCGCGCUCACAAGCUCCUCAUGCCUUUCCAGAGAAAAGACACAACCAAAACCUAAACAAAAAAAACAAAAAAAUCAGGGACCCAAAGCCUGCAGACAAACCUGAGCAGGACUGCAUCAUUUUAGAUGUUUUGUUUGUCACACAAACUCUUUGUUCAGCACACAUUGUGAGUCUCUUUAAGAGAUGUGUCUGCAUGUCUUUGGAUUGCUGUUGUGAAUUUUUUUUUGAUUUUUACAUCAUUAAAAAGCAUGGAAAGUUUUAAUAUCACAAAUGUUGGAUAUUAAAUGUCCUUCUCUGUGGACAUUUGUCUUGUUCUGUGUAACGUUGCGAUUACAGAAGCCUGUUUCAGUCUGUGGUAUGAUCGUUUACCUGACUGUAAUUAAUUAAAAUACUGAAAAUACAAAAUCCUGUUUUCUGAUUUUCCACAUGUUUGGAUGCACCGAUACAGUGUUUAUGUUGGAGAGUGUUUCAUUG